AUGCGAGAAGAUCUUCGUCGCCAACAGAGCUAUGGCUCAGAAGAACCCAAGCUGAAGUUCAAUGAAGCACCAUUCGAUACCAUUUUUGAGAUUGGCGACGAACUCGGAAGUGGUCAGUUUGCUGUUGUUCGUAAAGUUACAAAACGAACAAGUGGCGAAGAAUUUGCAGCAAAGUUCAUAAAGAAACGUCGUUAUGCAACUUCUCGAAGAGGUGUUACCCGAGCUAACAUUGAGAGAGAAGUUUCUGUUUUACAAACUAUUGGCGGACAUUCAAAUGUCAUUCAAUUAUAUGAAGUAUAUGAAACCCCUGGUGAUGUAAUUCUCGUAUUAGAACUAGUAUCAGGCGGUGAGCUAUUCGAUCACGUAUGCGCCAAGGAAUGUCUUGAUGAAGCAGAAGCUGCUGCUUUCAUAAAACAAAUUUUGUUAGCAAUUAAGCAUCUCCAUUCAUUACACAUUGUUCAUUUAGACAUUAAGCCUGAGAAUGUAAUGCUUAAGAAGAGGGGAAACUCUCAAAUUAAGUUAAUCGAUUUCGGCUUAUCACGUCGUAUCCCACCUGGUGCGACUGUCAAAGAUAUGGUUGGUACACCAGAAUUUGUUGCUCCUGAAGUUGUCAAUUAUGAAGCUUUAUGUCCAGCAACAGAUAUGUGGGCAUUAGGAGUUGUUACAUAUAUUCUAUUAUCUGGUGGAAGUCCAUUUCUUGGUGAUACGAGAGAUGAAACAUUCUGCAAUAUAACGGGUGUUAAUUAUCAUUUUACAGACAGAUAUUUCAAAAAUACAUCAGAUUAUGCUAAAGAUUUUAUUUCUCGUCUAUUCGUAAGAGAUGUUCGCAAACGAGCAACCGUUGAUGAAUGUCUGAGACAUCCAUGGAUAUGUGGGCCUGAAGGUGAUGAUGUUGAUAUACGUAAAGCUUCAUCCAUAACCAUCAGUCAAAUACAAGCAUUUAAAACUCGUCAACGUUGGAGGAGAGCUGUAGAAGUUGUUAUAAUAUGUAAUCGCAUAACAAAGAAUGUUCGUUUGAGUAUCAUUCCACGAUCAUUUCCUAGUAGAUAUGAUGAGGAUGACAUUGUUACAUCAGCUGUACUGAUUGCAUGUGAAGAUGGUAACUUACGUGGAUUAACACAGUUGAUGGCAGUUCAUCGUUUACCAGCCACAAUUUGUAAUAAAGUAGGUGAAAGUGCAUUACAUGUGGCAUCUAUUGCGGGUAAUAUACAAGUUGUUAAUUAUUUUCAUAUGAAAGGAGCCGAUUUAUCAACUAAAGAUAUACGAGGUGAAACACCAUUGAUGUGGGCAACACGUGGUGGACAUGCUGAUGUCAUUUCAUAUCUUGUUAAUGAACGAAUUAAUUUAGAUGAAAGAAAUAUGAAUGGUGAUACUGCUCUUCAUAUUGCUGUGGAAUGUUGUGAAAUGGAUGCUGCAUUAGCUUUACUAGAGAAGGGUGCACGCUUAGAUGUUAGAGAUGAGAAAGGUAAUACAGCUGUACAUCGAGCUGCUUUCAAUGGAUAUGCUCUGCUGCUGACAAUGUUCUGCUCAUUCCGACCUCAACUAUCAUUAGUUAAUCAGGAUGAUGAGACAGCUCUACAUUGUGCUGCCACACGUGGUCAUCUUGAAUGUGUUCAAACACUUCUAGAAGCUGGUGCACCCAUUGAUCAGCAAGAUAAGCAUGAUAAAACAGCAUUACAUUGUGCAUUAGAAAAUGCUCAUGUUGACAUAGCCAUAUUGCUUAUAACAAAAGGAUGUAAGAUAGACAUUCAAGAUGAGAACGGAGAAACAGCUCUUCAUGUUGCUGUCAAGAAUGGAUUGCUGUCUGCCGUUCAAACGUUAUGUCAUUGUGGAGCUGAUGUGGCUAUUACUAAUAAGUCAUCGUUUACUCCAUUACAUGUAGCUGCUAAAGAAGGAUAUGUUGAUGUUGUUCGUGCAUUAUGUCUAGCAAGAGCUAAUAUCUCAAAAAAGACAAAGGAUGGAUUAACAGCCGAAAUUAUAGCUCUUGCACAGGAGCAUAUGCAUGUUUCAUCAUUAUUGGCUAAAUUGAAAUCUGAUCAAGUGAGAGAAAACUUCAUUGAACAGCUUUAUCCGUUAGACUCACCUCUAAGACGGAUAAAAUUGAAAUUGUUCGGACAUUCUUUAAGUGGAAAAACAAGAUUAAUACAAUCAUUACAAUCUACUCGGGGAAUAGGCUCAACCAUUCUAAAUGCUGUUUCUCGCCGAAUAUCCGAUCAUUAUUCGCCAAGUAAUAGCAUGAAUAAAGAUGAUGGUAUUCAUUCGGCUCAGAGCUGCUCCUUUGCUUCUGAAUCAAACAAUAAUACAUCAUUGGAUGACGUGCCUAAAGAAUUAGGACAUGAUCCAGCCCAUACUGCCUACACAAGAGGAAUUGAUGUUUUGAAUGUCAACUGCUCAGGGUGUGGAGAGUUCAGUGUUUGGGAAUUCGGCGGAUAUGAACCUUACCACAUGGCAUAUGAUCAUUUCGUUGGGAACACUGAUUGUAUUCAUGUAAUUCUAUUUCGUGCUGAUGAACCAACAGAGACUCAAUACAAACAAGUUCUCUAUUGGAUGAAUUUCUUAAAAGGACGUGUUACUCCCACCGAACCUAUAGGACAUUGUGGCAUCAUAUCUAGGAGAUCGAAAGUAGUAAUAGCUGGUAGUCAUGCAUCUCCGAACAUGUUCCAGAAAAAUGCGGAUGGUGAAUAUGUAUCAUCAGAUAUUGAAGCCAUGCUGAAAACAGUACGAUUACGUUUCGAGACGCACUUCGAUAUUCACGAUCAUAUAAUUCUCUUCGACUCAACUAAUCCAUCGUGCGUUGGGAUGAAACUUCUAAAAACUUAUUUGAAUAAAUGUAGGAGUAGCAUCAUUUCUCGAUUACAAAAACCAAUUGGGCUGUUGGAAGUAACUGUUCAGUAUUUGAAUAAUCUCCGUAAACAGCAUGCAAAUUUCCCUGUAGUUACGUGGCCUCAUUUCACUACGAUCGUUCGAAACGAAAUAAAUCCGUUGGCUGGUGAUGUUCAUUGCCGACAGUUGAUUCAGCAACUUCAACUUAUUGGAGAAGUGGUCUACUUACGAGAUGAAAAUGCUGAAUUGGAUUAUGUUGUUUUGAACCCAGAAUGGUUAGGAACUCAUAUCAUCGGCCAGCUUCUCAGCGCUGAGUUCCUAUCUCAUUGCAGAAUCAACGGAAGCUAUGCUCUGGAUCAUUUUGCUCCAAUUUUCCCUGAGAUACCUGAACCAGAAGAUCUUUUACAUAUCCUGGAUACAUUACAAAUCUGUGCUCCACAAGAAACAGAUAAUGACGGAGUUUUCGAGUUUCCGGCCUUUAUCUUGAUACAACCACCUGAAAACUUGUGGAUGAAGGAUAAGCCAACAUACGUCUAUGGAGGUGUUCGAGUAUUACCAAUGAGAGGAAUGGAGAGAUCUCUUCAAAGUACUUUCCCAAGAAUACAAGUUGCUUUGAGAAGAAGCAUGAAUGAUUUCCAAGAUCCAAUGGAUGCUGAUCUGAUGCAGUUCCAUGGAUGCAGUAAAAUGAUCUCGGGACAGAUGGAAGCUCUUGUUCGUCUCAAUGGAGACGCCGUGGAAAUUCGUGUCCGGGGACCUCAUGAUCGAGCAACACAAUGCUUCUAUUUCCUAGAGGAUAUAGUGAACUUGGUUGAACAUACAGCAAGCGAAGUUGCUCCAGGCAUUGGUCUCGAGAGACAUUUCCUCAGUCCAAAACAUCUGAAGGAGCACAAUGAGCAACCAGCGUCAUUCUUGCCUGAGGCUAUGAUGACAAUGCAACUCAAAGAUACUCUUUCGGUUAAAGGAACCCAAGAAGAGGAGGAACUAUUCACAGACGUUGUUUGUUUUGGUUCCCGAGAAGUUGCCAAACUUCUAACUCUUGGAAUCGAUGUUAGUGUGGCAGACCUGCAAAUAACAAGUAGAUGCGAACUAGCGUGCCUGCUAGAUCCUCCCGAUGCCAUGGGUCGUGACUGGUCCAUCUUGGCAGUUAAAUUGAACCUGACCGACCAAGUCGCUGAGGUCGAUUCAACAGGUCAAUCACUAUCUCGAACAGAUCAGUUAUUAGCUGAAUGGGCUAUCCAGCAUCCAGAAGAAGCUACUGUUGGACGUCUUUGUCAAAUUUUAGCUGAACUUGGUCGAGCUGAUGCACGCGAUGCUCUAUAUCGAACCGUUCCAUUAUAUCUCUUUGCACCGCUCGAUGAUUCUCCUCCAAUAGAUUGUGGAGAUUCAGGUGUUGUAUCCUCAUCUCAUUCCUCUGCAGCUAAUGAUCCCAGAAACAGCUCUAUUUCUAGGUAG